AUGGCGGCGGGCGGGAAUGUGGAAGUCGUUUGGAGCAAUUUGGUGAAGUACCUCUCGCCCUCGGCUCCCCAAGAACUUGGUAUUAAAAGUACGUACCAUGUAAAAUGCCUCAUUUUCAGUGUUAAUUGUUUGUGUGAUUUUCUUUCAGGGACUUGCAGGUCUUUGGAACAGUUGAGACAAAACCCACCUUUGCUCGCACUCUUGCGAGAGUGGUUCUUAGGUAAGCUGGCAGCUGCAAGUUAAGGGCUCGGUUGUUCAAACACUGGAUUGCACUAUCCAACGGAUAGAUCGUAUAAGUAUUGGGAAAGCCAAUUGUGUUAUCCACUGGAUAGAGGUUUAUCUAACUAGCGGAUAGCAGACCUUCCAACCCUUAAACCAUGCAAAUCUGGAGUGGAGUGAAAGAAAGCCCACCAAGACCUGGAGAUUGGGACCUCAGACUUUGAGAUUUACAAAAUACGUGUCAAGUAAAACCAAAAAGGCAGAUAAUUUUUGUCAUGUUAUGUACCCUGUCAGAUAUAAGUUACUCCAUUCACUUUUAAAUGUUGUGCAAUAUCGGCUGCUCUAGCCGCUGAUUUUCUUUUCUUCUGAAGCUAUCUUCUGUUUCACUAUCCAUGUCGAUAGGACGUUUGACUUUCCCAUAGACCUUAGCCAACACAUUUUUCACAGGAGUGAGGUUGGAAUUGGACCCAGUUUACCCCCUCCCUCCCCCCCCCCCAAAAAAAAAAAAAUCAGUUUUUCAUACAAUUCGUCCAUUAUGAAGAAAAAGUUUUGGAAAUUACUCAAUUCCCAAUGAAAUUGUCUGACAAUUGGUGGUGCCAGCUGCUCUUCAAUUUCCCAACACUACGUGCAUUCUUUGAAUUGAAAUCAUAUUUUGAACCAUGGAUGUCAUAAAGAUAUGAACAUGAACAUGACCUUCGCAGUAGAAUGUACAUUUUUUCAGGUUCUUUUUCUACUAUGAAGAUCGUGUUCACUUUUAUACUGCAUUCUUUACUGAUGCAAAGCUCCUUAUGCAAGCAUGCCCUUUAUGGUCAUUUUGCGCCCAAGUCAUUUGGCUCAAGUCAUUUGGCCCUGGUCAUUUAGCCCACUAAGUAACCUUUUACAUCGCUUGAAGAACAAGAUAUAUCACAUAUUUUAAUGAGUUGAAAAUAGGAGUCUAGAUAACCGGGGCGAAAAGACUUAGAGGUGAAAUGGCCGCUUACCCUGCAAGCAUAUCAAAGCUAUAGUUUAUUUCAUGAGAUCUUUUUAAAGUCCUUUUUUAGUUAUGAAAUAGAGAGAACUUGAGCUGUCUGGGGCAGAUCUAGCAGGGGUUUAGGGGGUUCAUUCGAACCCCCUAAAUUAAAACAGCUGAUGUCAAAAACAUUUAGAAAUAUAAAAUAAAUACAGUCAAUUUUAAACGCAAUAAAUUCAUAACCAAGUUAAGCCUCAGCUGCUCAAUAAAGCCAGUCACUUCAGCAGACAGUGAGCAAGCAAACAGACCACCAUCCUACCAUGAGAACGGAAAGACUGUCAAGCUUGACUAUGAUGUACAUUUACUAGGAAAAGCCUGUUGACUACGAUCCUGUGGUUCAGCUUUUUGUGGAAAAGGUACCCCUGAAGAAUGCUUCUUGUUGAUCCUGUCUUUGACGAAACACAAAAAUUAUUGAAAAAAAGAUAAAUAUAGUGUAUUUGCAUCGUUUUUACGCAGCUUUGUUAUAUUUUUAAGCAAAAAGAAUGGCACUUUCACUUUGAAAAAAGAGAUAUCAAAACACGCUGACUUUGCCUUAGGAUGGCGGAAAUCACAUUUCCCAGGUCUUGAAAGCCGCCUUUGGGGUCCCCUUUUCAUAAAACCCCCUUUGCUAAAAACCUGGAUCUUCCACAGACCUCUUAUGAGGUAUAUUUCUUCUUUUCAGAAAAAUGUCAAAAAGACCUGAAAGAUCAGUUUCGCCCUCAGUUUUGGUCAUAUUUCCAGGAAAAAGAGGUAAAAUUUUCCAGUUCAUCUCAGGGUGUGAAGAAAGUCAGUUUUAUAGCUUGCCAUGAUUUGGGCAAGCUGUAGCUAACAUAUACUAGCCCAAGUUGGGUCAUUUUAAUUAGCCCGAAAAAAAAUUUUUGGUGAGCAGAAUUGAUUAUGGUUCUACUGUAAUGUGACUUUCCUAAAAACAAUUAUUUGCCUGUCGGGCAAGUUAAGAACAGAAUUCACUAGCUGGUAGCAAAAUACACUACUAGUCCCAGGCUAUCAGACAUGACUUUCUUUGCACACUGCAUCUAAUUCUGAGGUAAUUAGCUUGGUUAUAAUCCAGGUUACAAUUUUGUGAAGAAUCUCAGCCCAUAUUUGUACAAUAACUAAAAAAUAUGUGUGUAUAACGUGUUUGGGAUGGGUGAGUUGUGGGGUGGGGGUUGAGAGCCCAAAUGUGUCUUUGUGUAUAUGUUUAUAUUCUUGUAGGGUGCUUUCCAUUCAACCAUAACUUCUGGUUUGAAUUUUUGGCAACUUCUGGUAGCAAAUGGAACAGUGUUUUAAAAAUUUCCAAAAAGAGGACAAUCUCAUGUGGUGUACCCAAAUUUUCUAAAAUUUCUUCUUUAAAGUUUUCUUCCAUUCAUUUUUGCUCUGGGAAGUUUCAGAGCUUUUGGUUGAAUGGUUUGCAUUUCAGAAACUUAACUGUUCUCAAACUUUCUGGAAAUUUUCCCAGGAAAUUUCUGUACCAUUUGGCACCAUUUCCAAAUCUUUAGAAGUUUAGUUUGAAUGGAAAGUGCCCAUAGUCAUGUAUGUGUCUGUAUAUAGGGAUGUUCAGUUGACUUGUAUUUUUUUUCAGAUCACAGCCCGUUCUUCCAUUUUGUCACACUAUUUGCUACCGGUAUAUAUUUUUUAAAAAGCUAAAAUGUUUUUUCACAUCAAUUAAAUUCCAAAAUAAUGGUCCAGUUUUGUUGUUUAAGGUUAUAUUUGUGAAAUGGUUCCCUUUUGUCUAUUGCAAUGAAUGACAAUGGAUUGAAACUUGAAUAAGUUGGGCCAACUUGAAGUUUUCCAGCUACAUGUGUAUGCCUGCAAAAUCACCAAAAAAGAAAGUCUUUGAGCACUAGUUCAUUGCUUAGUGAAAUAAUGACCCAGGUGUGUGCUUUAAAUUUGUAUUGACUCUUUUCACAUUUUCUAUUAUUCUGUAGAAAGAAGUAAAGACAGUAGACUCUUUACUCAGUGCAGUAUGUGAGCUCCACAGAAAUGUGUCUGCCUACAAGCCAUCUGUGGAACUCCUUCAAUCGUUGUCAGGAUCCUUUGCCCACAGGUACAUUCAAACAUAAAACAAAUUAUCAUCAAUAAUUAUAAAUAUUAUUAUAGUGAUUAGUACUUGACACUAAUUUUUUUGGACAUUAGCCAUUGGGCUAGUGAGUUUAAUAAAUCACUAGCUCACGAGGACAAGCCACUGGUCCAAGAAAAAUUGAACUGGUUCAAAACAUUAUAGUGUUUGUAGCCUGUACUAGGGGUUCAGAACUUUCAUGACUCUUUAUCUAGCCCAGACAGAAAUUUUCUGUUCCUCUGACAAAAGCAUAGUUUGAUAAUCUCUCUGCGCGACUGUCUGAGUCCACACAGGUUCCACAGUAUGAAUCACGUUAGUUCUAUUUAUGAAUUCAUUAUUUGAAAAUUGAAUCUGGUGGUUGUGGCCAAUAUCAGAUUCAUUUCUUCACUGUUCCAUAAGAGAAAGUAGUGUCCAGUAGCCCAGGGAUAGUGGAUUCUGUUAGGGGUUUUUUGGGGAAUUCAAAUUACAGAAGAACUGUUAACAAUCCUGCCCACCAAGAAUUUUUUUGGGGUGGCCGAUUGACUUUUUGGCUAGUACAUGCUAGUUACAGCUUUGCCGGAUAGCAAGCUGUAAAACUGACUUUCGUUGGACCCUGAGCAGUGAAUGUAUACUUGAAGUUAUUGUAGUAAGUUACAAUUUCUUUUUGAACUUGAUAUAAUGGUCUUUAUAGGAAUUUUAUUGAUUCAAAGUGUGAAAGAGUUUCUAUUCUGACUGAAAACAGAGAAUUGUAGUCUCAAUUGUACUGUUCAUUUGUCAUUCAGAAAUGCAGAUUCAUCAUUUGAUACCAGUGGUGACAAUGACUAGUAAACAGUUUUAAUUUUCUAAUAAUGAAAUAUUCAUUACUGCGCUUUUCACAAACAUGUGAACUCUAAAGUUCAAAAGCCGCCUUCACAAUUGCGGUUUCGCUGCCGUCAAUCAUAAUUACGAUCACAAGCAAUGAACCUGGAAACACAGAAACACACAAAACGGAUCGAAAUCCACCAAUCACAAAUCACAAACCUUGACCUUUUGAACCCGUUAAAGUAAAGUUUUGUUUUCUAAGAGGUCCGUUAAGAUGAUUGACGGCAGCGAAAAACGCAAUCGUCAGUUGGCUUUUGAACUUCAGAAUUCGCAUGUUUGUGAAAAAUGCAGUAGUGAAUUCUCACUGCUAACUUAUUCCUAGUAUGAAAAAAUAUGAAGAUAUUAGGUGCAAUGACUAGUGCAUGUCUAUGUCAUGACUAUGGUUUUUUUUCUUUCCUUUUCAGCAACCUUAAUCUUCAGUUUGAAGUGCUAGUGAGAGCCAUUGUCUUUUGCAAUGUACCUAAACAGUUUAAAGAUUUAGUCAAUAACUUCUACAGCCAGGCAUUUCAAGCUUAUCAGUCUAUGAACAAAAAGGGAAAUAAACCAAUGGAUACAUCAGGUAUGGUAUCUGCUGUGACUGUGACGGACGUCUUUACAACAUAGUGUCCAUGAUUGCCCUAUCUAAGUCCUACUGAGUUGCUAUGAAAAAGUUCUAUAUAUAUGUGUUACAGGUCAAAAUUAAAUACAGGUUAGAAUUUUUUAACCCUCAGGGUUGUCAAAAGUAGUCGGCUGCCGGCGAAAAUCGCCCCCUACUUGGUUAGUAUUGGCUGGCUACUCUGCAUAGCAUUUCUUUACAGAUGGCAUUUUUUAAAUAAAAUAUCCCUGGACUGGCCGCUUACUUUGACAACUCAGCCGUCUAUUUCAAAACUUUCUGACAACCCUGGCCCUGUUGAUUCUCUGUUUCCUUUGUUUCCUACUACCUAGCCCUAAUAAAAUCAUUCAUGGUUUUGCUCUUCAAGUGUCCAAUAAUCAAAGACCAUGAAUAAGAACUUUCUAGCACUUUUGGAAUUGAGCCUCUAGCCACUCAAACCAAGAGCAAAAGGCAGUGAAAAUGUUCCGCAAAUAAGACCCCGAGUCGCUGAAAAGUCUGGCACGAAGUCUGACAUUCAACCGGAUGGAAAUGAAGACUACAAAUUGAUCUGUGUCAGGGAACAUCCAGUAACACAAUAUAUUUUCUAUAAAACGUACUUUAUGAAUAUUGAAGAUACUGGCCAUUAGGUGGUGUUCUUGCUUGUUUCUCAGGUGAAUCUUUAAUGAGUGUUGAAGAUGAAGAGGCAGCAGAUGAUGAUGUUGAGUCACUCACUUGCACUGGUUGCACAGAAGAAAAGGACACUUGUCACUGUGCAAAAAUUAUUGAGGGUUUUUCACAGCUAAAUUCACAGCUCCACUCUCUUGGGCUGGUAAAAAAAGUAGCUGAACCAGCUUUCCUGUUGGUAAUUCACACAGAGGUAAUAAUUUGUGUAGAGAGGCUUGUCUAGUUCUAAGACUCUAAGAAAAAAAAAAAGUUUUUUGAAAGCGUCGUUUUGUUGACCUUUUGUUGAUCCUUGAACUUCUUGUUGUUUACCAUGUUAGUUCGAAAGGGGACCUGCUAAGUGCUUCUUUCAAAUAACUUAGUACUUUGUAAGAAAGGGGAGAAUGUAAAAUGAGAUCAAGAGUCUCUUAACAAUAGGCUUUCUUCCAUGCACCCCUUCAUUGAUAUUUUAAUUCUUUUCCAGCAGAUCCUUGAUUUCAAUAUUGUGGGAAAGGGUAUUAAAUGAAUGCAUAUACUUUAAGAAUCAAAACUCAUGUCUGGUAGAAGGAACUGAACUAGGCUCAAUUUCUACCUCCCUUUAAAACAGUGGCUGGUAAUCAAUCCUAGAACUGACUGCUCACCCUGAAAAUAUUUUUUUGUUUUUUGUCUACCCUCAGGAAAUCUAGGUUAGUCCUUUCUGUAAAUUAAAACAUUUUGUGAUCAAACCCCCUCCCCUUGAGCAUUUCUAAUGACUUCUGUAGGGGAGGGUUAUAAAUGACUUAUGGGAAUUAUGCAGCCACUACUGAGUCAAUAUAUUUUCUGAUCAGCGUUCAAUUUUUUCUUUAUGAUAUUGCUGCUAAACCCAACAUAAAGAUCACAAGAACAGAGAAAAUGAUCACUAAAGAUAAACUGUCUUUAGUUUAUUAUUAACUUUCUCCUGAAUUAGUACCAUAAGAGAGGAAUAAUUUUAAAAUGCAGUGUAGAAACAUGUAACACCAUGGAUAAGAAAGGGUAUAGUCAUAGAGCACCACUCCCCAGGAGCAGGGCUUUUGCUGAGAUUUCAAGUUGCCUGUUAUAUGUAUUAGUAGAUAGGGAACUGAAUAGCUAGAAAGUUCUUUUAAUUAGAACUAUUUUCGUUUGUUUCCUACGAAAGUAGCACAGGGUCAUGCUUGUAGUAUCCAGGGGAAAUCUCCAGCCCCCAUGUCUCAGUGGCAGCCCUUCCCUGGGGAAAUACCAGAGAGAAACUUUGCCAAUUAUUAGUUAAAUGUAGAAUAAUGUAGACUUUUUGGGAAUUAAACAACAUUAAAUAGCUCCUGUACAUGGACAUAAUUUGUAUUUUUAUCACUAGCCUAAGACCAGCCUCUGUGAUGGAGGAAAAGUUGAAAAAAAAUCGGUGAACAAACACCACUCGCCUCAUUUUGCUCACGGACUUCUUUUUCUGUUUCACCCCAUAUUUUGUGUUUUUCCCCCACUAAGUAGCCUUGUCCCAGACUAUUUCAUCAUGUCGGUGAAGGUUGUUUUUUUGUUAGUGACAGUAUUUAUAACUAUUGUGAUGUUUUGCUUAGAUUCAAAGGAGAAUUGAAGAGAAGUGCAAAGGAGUGUUUGAAUCUUCCUUUUUGACAUCCUUGCUAAGUUGGAUUGAUACUGAGUUGUGUGGCUGGUUAAUUUUGAUUUUUCAAUCUCCAAGUAAGUGUACUCCUGUAUUCCUCUCUACUGUGCAACACAGACACUCUUCCAGUCACAUCAGGAACACCAUUUCAUCACUUCAGUCUCCAUAAUAAUGGUUAGAGACUAAUGUAAGGGAUGUAUUCAUGAUACAAGAACAAAAGCUACUAGCUAGAAAAUGAAAAGGAUUAUUUAAAUACAGCCAGAAAGUGUAUUUUGUUAUAUUUUUUGCAUUUAAUACAAUAAGCUAAUGUCCAGUUGAGUUUUUGCACCCUUGGGGAAGUAUUACUCUUUUCACAUUAUCAUGAGCUUAUGAGUGGUGUUUGACCUGUCAAUACUUAGUUCAAACUUGAAACAGACCAGCUUCAUGACUUCUUAAUGUAAGACUAAGUUUCAUUGGCAAAAAUAAGAUUUGCUCAGUCAAAGCUUAGAAUGCUCCAGGCAUGAAGGCAAAACCUCUGUUGUUCAAACAAACUCUAAGGUUACAUUGCACAUUAUCACAUGCCUAUAAGAGUCGUGUUUGGCCUGUCAACACUUUAUUUCCAAAAGUAUUGUCACUUAAUAGAGGUUCUGUUUAAAGUGAUUUACUGAUAGUUUUGUCAGAUGGGACUCUAAUAACUGGCUGCCAGAUAAAGGGGUUGGUAUGCAUCUUGAAACUCCUUGAAUUUCAGGGGUCAGAUUUCAAGCCCUGAAAGUAGUUGAAAUUGUUUUUUUGGUCUUUUAAAUUCCUUAUUUUUUAUACCCCCAAAAAUAUCUGAAUUAUCAAUGCUUUAAAAGGUACUGAGUUUUUAAGGUAGAAAUUGCAAAUGCAGACAGCAUAAAUUGCUGACAAAAUUUAGGUAAAAACCCCCAUUUCCCUUCACUCUCUCAUUACUCUUGCAUUGAACUACAUUUAUACUGAACCACGGGGGCACUGCACAUUGUCCUUGGAUACAUAUCUUGCAUGUGAUUCUAUAAUAACUCAAACUCUCAUGAAUUUGUCAUGUUUCUGGAUAACCCCCUAACAAAGGCCUUGAAAGGUUUCCAAAAAGUCCUUGAAAAGUCCUUGAAGUUUUGGGCUUGAAAAAGUUUCUGAAUGCUCUAAAUAGGUGUAGAGGCUGGUCAUGUCAUAAGAUGCCCCUCUUUUUAUGCCCAAAUGGUUAAAAUUGGAAGUCGUUUGUAGUCCAGGAAAGUCAUGCAUUGUAGGCCAUUAAUGUACUUCACUCAGUCAAUAAAAAGAUAUGGACAUUGAAGAAAUUUGAAGGAAUUAAAACACACAGUUUAGAGCAUUGUGUUUGUUUUGUUAAACGAAUUGAUGCAGAUUCUAGAAGCACCAGUGAAGAGACAUCAUUAGAUGAAUGGAAACCCAAACUUCAAUACUUCAUGUAUAAGUCAUUUGCUGAUCUUAGGUGUGAAAUAUAUUUCUUUGUUCUUCUAUUAAAUAAAACUACUUACAACUGUAUGGUUAAGGUUAUGGUUAAGGCUAAUUAGAACACACUUUUUACAGGACAGUACAGAUUAAUAAAGUCAUGAUUUUUAUUAAAAUGCCACUAGAAAAAAAGUAAACUCUCAUUGUAAAAAUAUAUAAAAAAAAACGAUGUGGCAACAUCAUACUUCUAAAGUACCAAAAAUUGAAAUUUAAAGUAAUAGCAUUGCUUGUGCCUUAUCCCAAAAUAGGUUGCUCUUCUGCUCUUUCUGUAUUUAGUCUUUCUGUCUUAUAAGUAGACUUGCUACAAGUCGACGCCUUUGCUUGGCGAGUGAACGAGCCUUUUUUGGCCACGAACCGGCCGACUGGCACUGCGAGCGACGAAGUCGUGAGAGGUCAUCCCGCGCCAUAUGAAAUCCGAUGAAGGACUUUUUUGAAAGUCUAUGCUAUAAGAUUCCUUCAAGUAUCAUUCCCUUCCCCUAAGGGAUAAAUAUCCUGUAAAUAAAGCCGUUUCAAGCACCCUAUACUUCUACCCAAAAUGUCCCUCAUGGUAGCACAUGAUAGACAGCAGCUUUAUUUCUAAUCUAAGGCCAGGGAAAAAUGUAUUUUUUGUGAUCUACAGGUCUAUGGUAAUUUUCAGUGUUUUUUAAUUUUCAUUUUCAGGAUAAGUGAAUUGUUUGACAUAAUAAUAGAAUAUCCAGACUCUCUUCCUGCAAUUUAUGAUCUGAAGGUUAGCAUCAAAAGACAUGCUCAAGUUUUUUCCAUUUUAUAUUCAUCUUGUUUUAGCAGUUGUUGUUUAUUUUGAUUUUUCUCUCUUGCUCCAGGAGUCCUUAGAGGUCACUGACCAAAGGAAAGAGCUUAUAGUGGAUCUAAGAACAGCGUAUGUUUACUUUCUCAUGUGGUUAUGCACUCAUCAUCAGUAGCCAGCCUGGGUCAACUCCAGGGACAUACAUAGCAUGACCACAUUUGUGAGCUGUUGUUGACGUUUGCUGCCCAUUUUUAGCCCAUGAAAGGGGGAUUAUUGUACAUCGCUUUUGCACUUUUGUAGCAAGAUCUCUCUCAAAAACACCACAUCAACGUGAAUACAAAGUUUUGUACCUACCAGCAGGGCUGUCAUUAAGGGGAUUUCCCCUGACUACUCUGAGCAUUACCGCCAGCUCUACUGUGGAACCUCGAUAUAACGAAGGCCAAGGGACUGGCAGAAUUUGUUUGCUAUAACGAGGUUUCAUUACAUCGCUUCUUUUUCAUAUAUUUUACAAUUACUGGGGCCAAGAAUGUUGUUCAUUAUAGCGAGGAGUUUGGUACGUAGAGGUUCAUUAUAUUGAGGUUAUACUGUGGUUCCAGAGGAAGUGAAAGGGAAAUAGAACCGAAAGAACUUCUCAGCUGUUCAAUUCCUGGCCUACUAAUCGCAUAUACCCAGGAAACUUGAAAUCUUAGUGACAGCCCUGCUACCAGUAAUAGCAUAGUGGUCAGCAACUAUGCAAAUUUCUUGGAACAAAAGAUAGUUUUUGCAUGAGAAAAAAACUCAAUCCCCAUCAAUAUGGCCACCAUUUCAUUGUGAUGGUCCCCCAAAAUGGCUGCCACAAGAUAUAUGAA